AUGACUGUGCUCCACUUGCACCUGUACCUCACUGCCUUGGGCUUCUGGAUGACGCAGCAGUCCAGCUCCUUCCUGCUGCCCAAUGCCACCGAGCUCCUGUCCCCCCCCGGGGGCAGAGCUGCGGGCCUGCUGUGGGGCGUGGGGGUCCCCCGGAGCCGUCGGAAGCGAUACCUCUCCCCCCAUGACAUGAGCGUGAUUUUGGACUACCAUAACCAAGUGCGAGCACAGGUGUCCCCCCCCGCUGCCAACAUGGAGUAUAUGGUGUGGGACGAGCGGCUGGCCAGGGCAGCGGAGGCAUGGGCUGCGCGCUGCCUGUGGGACCACGGGCCCCCCCAGCUAAUGAAAUACAUGGGGCAGAACCUCUCCAUCCACUCGGGCAGGUACCGCUCUGUUGUGGACAUGGUGAAAUCGUGGCACCAGGAGAAGCAGCACUACUCCUUCCCCCACCCCCGCGAGUGCAACCCCCGCUGCCCCUCCAAAUGCAGCGGCUCUGUCUGCAGCCACUAUACACAGAUGGUGUGGGCAUCCUCCAGCCGUCUGGGCUGCGCCCUCGGUGCCUGCACCAACGUGCGGGUGUGGGGCAGCACGUGGCGGCAUGCCGUCCUCCUCGUCUGCAACUACGCCAUCAAGGGCAACUGGCUGGGAGAAGCGCCAUACAAGUUGGGGCAACCGUGCUCAGCCUGCCCCCCCACCUACGGCGGGGGCUGCUCCAACAACAUGUGCUUCACCGGACUCAAAUCCAACCAAGUCAGCUGGUUCUAG